UUUCAUGAUCAGAGAACAUUUCUUCCUAAUGCCCAUUAUUUUUCCUUAUGCCUAGAACAUUUAUUCUUUCACAGAUGGUUAACCACCUUCUCCUUGACUGGUUUAUCUGCUCUUAUAAUUAAUUAGCUGUUUUCGUUGAUGAAAAAGGUUUUGUCAUUUUGUCAAGACUAGUGGUAGGAUCUCUUUAUUUAUUCAUUAAUGAAACAAUUAUUGACCUUCAAAUAAUGUCCUAAUAUUUUCCAGUAUUUCAAACAUAUAUUUAGGCACUAUUUUUCUACCAUAUAGUCCCUAAAUAAUAAUAUGUGCUUUUCAAAAAGAAUAUUAUUGGCCAGGCACGGUGGCUCAUGCCUGUAAUCCAAGCACGUUGGGAGGCCAACAUGGGUGAAUCAGCUGAGGCCAGGAAAUCCCAGCUACUCAGGAGGCUGAGGCAGGAGAAUCACUUGAACCCAGGAGGCGGAGGUUGCAAUGAGCCAAGAUCACGCCAUUGCACUCCAGCCUGGGCAACAGAGCAGGACUCUGUGUCAAAAAAAAAAAAAAAAAAGGAAAAGAACAGAAUAUUAUUUUACCUCAGGUUCACAGUAUUGAAUGGACCAUAAUCCUUGAUUCACAUCAUAAGCCCUUUCAUGCCCAUUAUGCAUGUGUUUAUUUAUCCAUUAAUGAAAUUACACCUAUGAAAACAUGAUGCAAUACAAGAACUGAACAAUUCAUAAAGCACUCAUAUGCUUACCUGCUCAUCUUCAUAACUCCCUUGCCUCUCCUCACCUGGGGUUACUGAGAACAUCUUACAUUUCCUCUUUUUUAUUUCAUACAUAUAUUUUCACUUAUACAAGUUCUUGCAAAGCACACUGUUGUGUUUUAUUGCUUUUCACCUCAUAAAACCUGUGCUGAAUUGAUCCAUUUUGGACUUUUCCUACAUUAUAAUGUUUUACUAACAUUUUUCUAUAUGAUUUGAUGUAGUUGUACUUCAUUUGUUAUGGUUCAGAAUAAUAUCCCAUUGUUUUGUCAAUGGGCAUUACUAUAAAUUUCUCUUUGUAUGCAUAUGCAAGAGUUUAUCUUGGGUUGUAAAUGGAAGUGAAAUUACUGGGCCAUAGAAUGUGUGAAUGUUAAGUUUUCCAGGAUAAGGGCGAACUGUUUGCCCAUAAUGAUUAUACUAGUAUUUGGUUUCAUUAGCGAUGUUUAAGAAAUCCUCUUAACUGGGCACAUGUCAUAAAGACCUUCUGAGGCUGUGUCAUGAGUUCGUCCUUAACCUCGGCAAAAUAAACUUUCUAAAUUGAUUGAGAUCUGUUCUGAUACUUUUGGGUUCAUACUAGUUAUUAUUGGAAACAGUGAAGAACGUUUUAAAAAUAAAACUUAUCAAGUUUAGGUGAGAUUAAAUGAAAGCUCCGAAGUUGUGAACCCCAAAAAUCUGAGACAGGUCUCAGAUAAUUUAGAAAGAAUGUCACUUUCUGACAGGCCCAGGAGCCCCAGGUUUAUCUUGGAACCUCAGAGAGGAAUUCACCCAACUCACAGGUAUUUGAUGGUACAAAUCUGUGGCUGGGCUUGGCUUUAAAAAUUUUUAUCUGAGAUUCCUUCUAUGGAACAAAGUUCCAUCAAAACCAGCUUAAAAGCCCAUGUAAAAACAAAUAAUUAUCCUUGCUGCACUGUCCACAAAUAACCAGGACAAGGAUAAUAAAGUGAAUCAGUUCUAAAAAAAUCCUCUCAAAUCACAUACCGUGUAUUCAGAAAAUGUGAUGCUGUGCCUUUUUUUUUUCAGAUGACUUUAGAACAAACUGCACUAAAUGGAAGAACUAAAUCAGUCUGUGGUAUCUGAAUUCAUCAUUCUUGGGCUUUGUGAUUCAUGGGAGCUCCAGGACUUACUCCUAGUGAUAUUUUCUUCACUUUAUUUGAUCACCAUUUUAGGCAACAUCUUCAUUGUGGUCGUAAUUAUCACCAACCUCCAUCUCCAUUCCCCUACGUACUUCCUGUUAGCCAAUCUCUCAUUCAUUGACUUCUGUCGUUCCUCAGUCACUGCCCCUAAAAUGAUCACGGACUUUCUCAAAGAAAAUAAGACCAUCUCCUUCGGAGGGUGUAUGUGUCAAAUUUUCUUUGGACACUUCUUUGGAGGGGGCGAGAUGGUACUGCUUGUGUCAAUGGCCUAUGACCGUUAUGUGGCCAUCUGCAAGCCACUCCAUUACUCCAGCAUCAUGAACAGAUAUAGGUGCAUUGGGUUAGUGAUGACAUCAUGGAUUAUUGGCUUUGUGCAUUCAACAAGCCAACUAAUUAUGAUUGCAAGGCUGCACUUCUGUGGACCCAGGGAACUGGAUAGCUUUUUCUGUGAUAUUCCAUUGGUAAUCAAGCUAGCCUGCAUAGACACCUAUAUUCUAGAAAUGUUGAUAAAUGCUGACAGUGGGGUACUGGCAACCAUCUGCUUCAUUCUGUUGCUGAGCUCUUACUCUCAUAUUCUGUUUACUGUCUGCCUUCACUCUAAGGGUGGAGCAUCCAAGGCUCUCUCUACCUGCACUGCCCACAUCACAGUGGUAGUGUUAUUCUUUGGGCCUUGCAUCUUCAUCUAUUUGUGGCCAGUCAGUAUCCCCUGGGUGGACAAGUUUCUUGCUGUAUUUUAUGCAGUCAUCACACCUCUCCUAAAUCCAGCCAUGUACACCCUAAGAAACAAAGAUAUUAAAAAUGCCAUAAAGAGACUACUAUGUUAGUAUUAGAUUGCAGUGAGUAUUUAGUGUCUCACCCUAGCAUGUUUAUAGUAAUGUCCCUAAAUUAGUCACAU